AUAAUCUUUUUGAGAGCGUUAUCAAAUAAGAUAGGCCUACUCAAACAACCAUAAGAAAGACUUUGUACUAUCCUUUGUCUCCGGAGAGGUAGGCAGGUUUGACAAGACAGAAACCACAAGAUGUCAGAAAGGAAAUUUAUAACCCCAAAUUUGUUAAAAAUAGGUAUAACCCUUUAAAGUAUCAAGUAUGUAGUGAUCUGCCAGUUCGUCAAGUAAAUUAAAGUUCUCUAGGAUGUAAACAUUGUUAACUUGAAGUCACUACGUGUGUCCAAAUGGCAAAUUCUUUUCAAACACAAAUGUUUCGUCAUAUCCAAGUUUUCUUUAAGAACAAACCGGCGAAAUCUAUUCUUUCCCCUGAAUCAUUUACCGUAAAGAACACAAGGUGUAUACAGUCAACCGCUACACGAUGGAAUGGACCUGUGAAACUUGCCUACACCUCAUAUGAAGGAACAAAUUCCUAUAUUGUACCACCCAGUACUGCCACACCUAUUAUUAUACAGCAUGGGCUGCUGGGAUCAAGAAAAAAUUGGGCAUCUCUGGGCAAAGCUAUUCACAGUAAGACUGGCAAAAAGGUCAUUGUUCCUGAUGCAAGAAAUCACGGUGACAGCCCUCAUAGCAGCAUACUUGACUAUGAAGUCUUAUCCAAAGAUUUAGUUAAAUUAAUGGAAGAUUUAGAAAUACCAAAAGCCAUCAUGGUUGGCCAUUCAAUGGGAGGAAGAGCAAUGAUGAAGCUUGCAUUGAACAAGCCAUCUUUAGUUGACAAACUUGUGGUUGUUGAUAUAUCUCCUGUCAAUGUUAGCCCUGGGGCAAAGUUAAUGACUGAGUUCUUGACUUUGAUGGAACACAUAAAUUUAGGAGACCAACUAAAGCGUGCUACUGCCCGAAAAAUAGUUGACGAACAGCUGCAAGUCGUCGUUAAAGACAGUCUGUUGAGGCAGUUUCUUCUAACAAAUCUUGUGGAGGAUAAUGGGAGAUACCGCUGGCGCGUUAAUCUUAAAUCGAUCAUUCAAAAUUUGCCAAACAUAAUUGGGCAUUUCCCUUCAAAAGAUGAAAAUUAUAUUGGUCCCACACUUUUCAUUGCAGGAGAAAAAUCGGACUACGUCAAACCGGCAGACCAUAACGCAAUAAGAACGAUAUUUCCCAGUGCCGAAUUUCAAUAUAUCACUGGUGCUGGUCACUGGGUUCAUGCUGAAAAACCAACUCAGUUUCUGGAGGUCCUUCUCAAAUUUAUUUAGGAGAAGGAUUAACCCCCCACCCAAAGAAAAAUGUUGGGUUGGAUCCCUAGGUUGGAUCCCUAUUUCCCUACUCCAUAAUCCCUUUGGGAGAUCCAAGCAGAAACACGUGGUCGGCAACCUCGGCACUGAUCUAGAAUUCUAGAUUCGUUGAUAUUCCUAAAUAAAAUUAACUGCCUUAGUAAAACAA